AUGGCAGCGACGAUGGCGCUCGCACCCUCUGGUAGCGGCAUAGGGUCAUCGUAUCCCGAUGAACCUAGCAAUGGCAGCUCCACCCCACGAGCGAGUACCUCCACCUGCGUACCCCCUUACCCGCCUCCCUCCGACGUGGCCUAUCCCGAAACUACCAUCCCCAACCCACACGCAAAGAGCAUGGCCCACCAACCGGUAUUCACGAACCUGCCUGCUGGCUCCUUGUUCCGUCCAGCCCGACUACCGGCGGAUAUGGACGCGCGGGUGGACAAGUCCAGCGUCUGGAUGGGUCUCGAUAAGCACACCCAUUCAGCGGUCUACUUCCUCCCGCCGAUCUGUAAAGGCUGUACCAAGACCGGAGCGGCCACGCACUGCGAUCGCGGUUGGCCCUCGUGCCAGCGCUGUUCCCUCCGCGGGGCCGAUUGCGAGCUGGGGACCAAGUGGUCUCAAAUGCGUCUGAAGGUCAAGCGCAAGUCAGAGGUCGGAGGGACGCCUCGCGAGUCGCUCGAUGCCGCCCCCUCUCAGGCUCAGGUGAAGGAGGAAGAGGAAGAGGGUAGCCGGUACUCUGCCGCCGAGAAGGGAAAGGGGCGCGCCAGCAUCGGUGCUUCGGCCAACUCAUCUCCAUUCUCGUCCAAACUUGAACACCCCGAUCUUUCUCCUGUCUCCCAUAUCAACGGCAACGGUAACGCCAACGCCAAUGGGUUCGAGCACACUAUGCCUAUACCCACAUCCACCCUCCUUCCCCAGUAUCCACCCGCGCCGCCCGCGCCCUCCUCGCCCUCGGAAGGCGGUCGGGGCAAGCGCACCAAGAAGAAACGCCGACUUUCGCGAGGCGAGGAAAUCGACCCAGAGUCUAUCGAUGACGAUGGGAAUCUCCUCCCUCCCAAGCCGACACCGCCGGCCGCACCGCCCCCCUCCUCUCAACGCUACCCAUCAACUACCGCGCACAUGACGGUCGAAUCAGUGACCCGUCCACUUCAGACAUCAGAGGACCAGCCCCCCGUCGCUACCCCCGAUGACGUCAAAUACCUCACUCGUAUAGACCGGAACGGCCGGAAAGCGCCCUUGAAGAAUAUGCGCGCGGCGUGUCCCGCGUGGUCGACGACGCGACGGGCGCUGCAGGGCGGGGCAGAGUAUCUGCGGGAUCCGAGCAGAAUCGAAGGGGGAAGUGUGGAGGUCGGUGUCGGUGGAGUAGCGAGGGGGAUCAUACUGGAAGGAAAGAGCGUUGGGGGUGGGAAUUUUUGGGGAGCAAAAGCUGCCGCGGGGAGCAUUAUGGUUGGACUUGGGAGCGCAAGGGACAGACGGUUGUCUGACUCGCCAGUCUCGGCCUCGCAAAACGCCGCUGGAGCUGCAGGGUCAGAUCAGCCUGGUCCAUCUAUCCCCCGGAUCAACAUUCUUCCCAGUACUAUCCACAUUGACUCGCAUGGCCGCACUCUGCCCGAGUCGUCCCAAGUCACCGAGAUGACCGAGGAGCCCGAAAUCGAAGCUCUACUUCUCGCUCAGCGCGCCAGAACUCCCCUGGCCAUCGCCGUAGCGCAAGACUAUCUCGAACCUCCUUUCAAAGUCCCGCGCGCAUUCGUUGUUUUGGGCUGGUUCUGGCUGACUGACGCCUGGCUUGAACCAGAGUCGAUGUGGCACCCCGGUGUCCCCCGAUCCCGCCGUCUUCUCCCCUCCGAAAUAACCCACGUCCGCUGGAAAUUCAGAUUCGAGUGGUGCAGAGGCAACCAGGGCGUUCCGUGGUGGUCCCCAACUGACGACCCCGCUCGCCCUCCCACCCCUUAUAUCGAGUACAAGUUCAUCAUUGAGCCUUUGGAGAUUUCGGGCCCGGGCGUCAAGGGGGCAUCGACCGUCAUUCCCGUGGAGAAGGUGGGGAGCUCGGAUCAGAGGACGCCAUGUGCGCUGUGCGGGUGCGUCUCGGAGGCGGUGUAUAGGGAUGCGAAGGUGUGCUUGAAUGAGCUGUGCUCGGGCUUCUUUAUGCCUACGGGCGGAGGAGGCUUGGAUCCGAUUACAAAUACUCCGAGUCCGCUCCGACCACUCCAGCGAAAGACGCCAGAGUUCCUCGGUCUGAAACUAAGAGGGACGGACCCGUUCGCCACGAAUGAAGAAGGCCUGACGCGGGAUCAGCUCGGAGGGGACUUUUGGCGGGGUUGGGUUUGUGGGAAGUGCGGGAUGGCGAAUGAAAGGCGGAGAUGGUCCGGCUGGGACUGUGAGGGGUGCAAGCACCAAAUCUUCCCCGCUCGGAAACCCCUCACUCCCGAACGUCUCCACACUCCCCUUCAUCCAGGAAUAAUCAGCACCGGCGCUCCUCGCACCGAUACUGGACACGCCGCCUUCCCUUCGUCCAUCAAGCAUACUCUGGGCUACACGAUAUACGAACAUCACGUCAAGGUCGUCAAGCAUUCUUUGCAGCUCAAGGACAAGUCUGACGCCUGCGCCGGGACAUGCACGAGUGAAGUAUACCACGCGCUGCACGCGCGGAAAGAGGGCGUAGUAGAUGUCGCAAGUAGGGUUUGGAGGGAGAUGCAAGGUGAAGGAGGGGACGAGAGACGCGGUCUGGGGGCGGUGGGAAUGCGGAGGGGAAUGAUGGGAUUAUUGUCUAGACGACCUGCGGAACGAUCGCUAUGUCCAUUCUAUCUGAUAGCGAUGGGCCCGGAGAGCCUGAAGCGGAUCUCAGGGUUCCCAAGUGCGGUGGAUACAAUCCCGUGGUUGAGUGCCCCGAACGCUUGUCUGGACGCUAUGGACUUGAUCAAUUUCCGCGCGGGGUGUAUGUUCCCUGGACUGGCUGAGCGAUUCAACAGUCUCAUUGUUGCUGUCAUGCCACCACCAUGUGUGCCCUCCCCGCCGAUCACAUUCAUGAUCCAGCCUGGAGAGUACCUCGCCAUCCUCGCGAUUGGCUCUGAAGCUACCAUCCAGCUGCGACCGGUUCCCCCAUUACCUCCUCCCUCGCAUGAUAAAGAGACGACCGAGGCUGGCGAUGCUGCCCAACCAGUCGAGAUCACCGAGACCGCCAAGACAGCGGAGGUGUUUGAGACGGGAUCGAUGAUCAUGCAGCAUGGAGACGUGCUAGGUCUGAAGGCAGAUAUGGGCGGGAUGGAGAUCACGAUCCGACCGGAUGGAUUCGGAAUAGUCUGUAUCGCCCAGCAGAUCUAUCGCGGGAUCUCAGAACCCGGCCUUGGCGCCUUUACACAAACGACCGACCGCGAUCCCGCGCCUCUCCCUGCCCCGGCCGACUCUUCUGUCAAGGUCGAAGAGGUAGGCCCCAUACCGGCCAAAUCGACCGUCUGGACCCCGGCGCCGUUAUUGGACUGGUAUAUCGGUCCGCGGCCGCUCGAUAUCAAUCAACCGAUGCGCUUUAGGCGGCCUGGACGGGUCAGGCCUAUUGUGCCUAAACUUGCAAUGGGCGCAGGAAUGGGAGGGCCGGCGGGGCCGGGGGCUAUGAAAGGGAAAGGAAAGGGCAAGGGGAAAGAUAAGGGGAAAGGCAAGCAGAAGGAAGGGGAAAAUGUCGAGGAAACGCCAUUGGCGGAUGGGGAGGAGGGCGGAGAGAACAGCAGCCAGACGGCCAUUGACGCCAAUCCGGCUCCCGACGCGGUCAUGGCGGUCGGGGAGGAGUCGAAAGAGGUCGAGGUGGAAUUCGACGUGGAUCCGAAACACGCUACGGGCUUCAUCAUCCUCGAUGAUCUUCCCAUCGACACUAGCGACGUCAAUUAUAUAGCCACCAACUACGCCCCGCCAACCAGCUCCAGGUUGCUCAUACCCGAAAUCCCACCCAGUCCUACUGGCCCAACCAGCGUACCUGGUCCAAGAAGGCGCGGACCCGCCAAGCCCCGGGACGGGGAUACACCUGACGGAGGAGCCAAGAGCUCUAGGCGCAAGUCGGGUGUGAAGCGGAAAGAGCCGGAAGAUGGGGACGGGCCGGAUGCAGCAGAGACUGAGUCGCCCGCCGGUGUGGGGAGGGCUAGAGGACGGGCCAGAGGGGGUGCUGGGGCUCGAGGAAGGGGCAGCCGGGGAGGCGGUAGGAGACGAGGCGGAAGGCGAGUCAGCGAUGUGCGCGAUUCGCCGGGGGGGACGAGUACUUCUAGUCCGUCCAAGAAGAGGAAGGGGCCAGGGAAGGGGAGGAAGUCGGCGGCGACUCUUGCUGCGGAGGAGGAGGAGGGAGGCGAUGGUGAUGGCGGUGAGGAUGGAGAUCAGCCGGAGAAGCUGGAGGUCGAGGAGGAUGGAGGGGCGGGAGAUGGGAAUGAAGAUGUUGAGAUGGCCGACGAGGGCGGCAAUGCAGACGGCGAUGUUGGAGACGUCGGGGAGGAAGACGGGGAAGGGAUGAUUGUCGCCCAGGUAGCGGACGUGCCGGAGCAGUAA